AUUGUAUACAUUGGAUAAAUAUAGAUUCGAUCAAGAUUUGUUUAUCCGGGGUACCAAAAGCAUACUUUGACGUCAUUACGAACGUAAACUCCCAAAGUAUGGAAUAGGCUGGCCCAACUUAAAUUGUUAAAUGUUUGGCAGAGCAGAUAUAGCGGGAGAUAUAAAAAUGCGUACCAAAGAGUUGUAUAGCCUGGCCUGCGGCAGGGAAGCCUCUCCAGUCACCGCCUCCUCUUUUCAGUUGCCAGCCAAACCAUCAAAUUUGCUUGUUAGCAUUAUGGGUUUAACAAGACCAAGAUUUACUAGGCCUAAGGGGGUUGAUGAGCAUUUAAACCCUAAUCUUUAUGUAGCAAACUGUGGACCAGCUGUUGGAAUUUCCUAUGAAAUGAUCGAAUCAGUUUUUAGUAGUUUUGGAGAAGUGAAAGGUGUAUAUGCAGCUGAUGAGAGUGGUGCUCGUGUCAUUGUUUCUUAUUUUGAAGUUAGCUCUGCCCAAUCUGCUUUUAAUUCUUUAAGUGGAAAGCCUUGCCCUCGUUUUGGUGGACGUUAUUUACACAUCCGCUUUUCAGUUCUUCAACCAACUUGUGAGAGUCAGGUGAAUGAUUCAAUCCCGGUGUCGCUGGUGGCUUCAGAAUUAAACAUUCCGGGCCUUUACUUGUUGCCUGACUUUGUUAGUGCAGAAGAAGAACAGGAAUUGCUUGCAGCUGUUGAUGCUCGCCCUUGGAAAAGUCUCUCUAAACGAAGAGUUCAGCAUUAUGGAUAUGAAUUUUGUUAUCAAACAAGGAAUGUCGAUACGAAGCAACAGUUGGGAGAACUUCCACCUUUUAUUUCUCUUGUACUUGAAAGGAUAUUGUCAUUUCCAGAACUUGGGGAGAGUGCAAGUUCAAUCUUGGACCAACUUACUGUUAAUGAGUAUCCACGUGGGGUAGGGUUGUCCCCACACAUUGACACCCAUUCAGCAUUUGAGGGAUCAAUUUUUAGCCUGUCAUUAGCAGGGCCUUGCAUAAUGGAGUUCAGGAGAUAUUCAGAUGAUUCACGAGCUCCGAAAGCUACAACAAAUAAUGAAAUGAUAAUAGAAAAUCCUGACAAUGGCACAAAUUUAGUGAGGAGGGCUAUCUAUCUUCCUCCUCGGUCUAUGCUUCUACUGUCCGGGGAAGCGCGGUAUGCUUGGCAGCAUUACAUCCCACACCAUAAGAUUGACACGGUGAAUGGCAAUGUGAUAACAAGGGGUUCCAGAAGAGUAUCUUUUACUUUUCGAAAGGUACGAAGAGGUCCUUGCCAAUGCGAAUUCCCGCAACACUGCGAUUCUCCAAGAUGAGACAUGUUCUGGUAGAGGAUGCAUUUGAAAGUUUACACUCCAUUUUUUGACAAUGUGUGACUGUUAAUGUAGGAGAAAACAAUCACGCCUUUCAGCCAAGCCUCAAGGUGUAAGAAUAGAUAUGAUUAUCCACACUGCUAAAUAUGAGAUGAGGUGGGUAAUUGUUGGAAAGAAUGGUUAGUAAAGAGUAAAGUUGAAGAAGUGCGGGGAUCAUCGGAAGAUCUUUGAUAAGGUGUUUCUACUUUGGCAGAAAAGAAGAGAAGGGCGAUACACCUUGCCAUGAGUGUAGGUUCACUGCCAGAAGUGUGAAAGAUGGAGAAGGAUAAUAUAAUUGAGCAAAGCAGCGUGGCAGAAUGAGGGAAUAAUUCUUUCAUUUUUCUUUUGUCUGCUACUAACAGAUCUAAACAGCAGUUCAAACACUUGUCAUCGAGGGAAUUGAUGCCGGAGUUUGUUUGAUGAAUUUUUGUUGUCUUUGGAGGAUCUUUUUUGUUUCACUUGUUUGACAAAGUAAUUUGAUUACUAGGCAUGAGAUAGGGAAAAAGAAUUUGUAACUUCUUUCCUUUUUACUACGUGGGUUCAUUUGAAACAGUUUGGAACUCUUUUGACAAUUUAAUGGAUCUGGUGAAAAAUAAGUAUGUACUUCUCCUACUAAAAGGGGAAAAAAAAAAGACUCGACGAGAAGUGACCCUCUUUUUCUCA